AUGUAUUAUCCAAUAGGAUGGCCAAAAUUAUUGGACUCACAAAAAUCGCCACUAAAGCUCGCAUGCGAUAAAGUAAAAAUUUUAUUCGCUGUUGUGUACGAAAGAUCGAUUUGUAUUUGGUUCUGUAAACCUUGUGUACCAAUAACAUAUCACCAGAGAACAGAUAAAUGCAUUACUGAAAAUGGAUUAAAUGCAUUUGUCGAAUGGAAAAUCGAUUCGUCGAAACUUGUUAUCGCUACUAACGACGGUGCAUUAAUUAUUUAUGAUGUUCAAGUCGAUGAUGAUUCCACUGGUGGGCUUUACACACAGAAUGAUUCUCCGUUUAAUUAUCUGCGUCGAGAUAGUGCCGAGCUAUUUAUUAAGGAAACCAUUCCAUCCCUAAAAUUAAAUUUGUCAAUUAUUGUUAAACUUUAUUGUAAUAUUAAGAGCAUAUCGUGUGUGAAUGUUUCACAAAUGAUGGUAGCAACUGAUAAGUUGAGUGUCUUUCGAAUAAACUGGGAAGGACUCGAAGAGCGUGAUUACUCUUUAGAUCUUCGAAGAAUUCCAUUUAGUAUAAACCAACAAGUUCAUUAUGCCGUCCCAAUUUUGGAUAAAGAAGCUUAUGUUGUGUCCAUGGAUUAUUCUCCUUUGUUAGCAGGAUUUUCGAUUGUGCUCAAAGAUGGUCGAGCUGCAUUUUUGACGUCAAAUAAUUUGAAAUUUGAUCCAAAUCAAGUAAGUGGAAUCUGGGCACAAGGAUUAGAAGAUGCAACUUGUACAGCAAUCAAUCAUAAACAUCGUUUGAUUGCUUUUGGAAGAAAAAACUCGAAAGAUUUUCCUGGUUCACAAGGAUAUGUUCGUGAAAUGAAAUGGACACCAGAUGGUUGUGCAAUGGUAUUGUGUUGGUCGGGUGGAAUAUCAGUUUGGUCGACAUACGGAAAUAUGUUGAUGUGUUCAUUAGCAUGGGAUUAUGGACUGAAUGUUGAUCUUAACAAACAAAAUCCUUUGAAUAUUACAAGUUUAGAUUGGUCCACCGAAGGAUAUCAAUUGCUCAUGAUACAACAACAUACAAAAAUAUCGGAAGAUGGAGAAACAAUAGAAAAUCAAACGCGAAUAAUUCAAUUACAUUUAAUAAAAAGUGUUUUAUCAGUCAAUCCAGCCAUGAGUUCUCAUCCAUUUUUAUUACUUCAGGGUGAUGAUAAAUUAUAUUUAAAUCGUGGCGAUGCUCUACAGAAGAUGUACGCUCAUUAUGCAUCGUUAGAGAAGUCAAAGAAUUAUUUAGAAGUGCAUGGUGGAGGUGAGAAAAUGGAAGAAGAUUACGGCUACUAUAACUUUGGAAGUGACAAUAAGAAGACGAUAACAUCGAUUAAUACACUUUCCGAGAGUAAACAUUGGAUAAUUAUUACACUGCCAACACAAUAUGCUGCUUCAAAUUGGCCAAUAAGAUACAGUGCUAUCGAUUCAAGUGGAAAUAACAUCGCAAUAGCUGGAAGAACUGGCAUGGCUUUAUAUUCGUUAAUAACGAGAAAGUGGAAGUUGUUUGGAAACGAGACACAAGAAAAAGAUUUUGUCGUGUCAGGUGCGAUUCUCUGGUGGAAUAAUUUUGUGAUUCUUGGAAGUUACAGUUUGGUUGAUCACAGUGACGAAAUUCGAAUGUAUCCAAAAGACUCAAAACUCGACAAUCGUUUUGCUUCUAUCGUGAAGAUCAAUUCGCCAGUGAUGCUCAUGAAUAUUUACAACAAUCAAUUGAUAAUGUUCACAUCUGAUGGUUACGUUUCGAUAUUUUCAGUCGUUCAACAUUCACUCGAUACUCUCAACUUGAUAAAGUUAAAAGUUUACGAUAUUAAGAAUCUGUGCGUGCAUCCAGCUUGUGUCGUUUCUGUUUCAUUAGCCAAUCUUAAAAAUGAUGCAAAUGUAAAGUCUCCCGCCAAUCAACAUUCCGAUACAUUGCUGCUUAAUGUCAUUGAAUGUAUGUGGGUGUCAAAUUCAAGUAAAGUUCAUUUAAAAGAUUCUCUUUGGCUAUUUUGUGGUAAUAAUGGGAUGAGAGUUUGGCUUCCUGUUUUUCCUCGACCUGGCGAAAACGGUAGUCGAAGUUUACGGCACACUUUCAUGUCAAAACGAAUCAUGCUUACAUUUUGCUUGAAAAUUUAUCCACUUGUGAUAUUGUUUGAAGAAGCAAUCAUUCUUGGAGCUGAAAAUGAUACAAUACUUUACACAAAUGACAGUGGUUUACAUUUUUCACUUCCAUUCUGCAUUUUAGAGAGAUCGACGCCAGUUUACUUGCAUCAAAUACUCAGACAAUUAAUUAGACGGAAUUUGGGUUACAAUGCAUGGGAAAUUGCAAGAACGUGUACAAGUCUUCCUUAUUUUCCACAUGCACUCGAAUUACUGCUACAUGAAGUUCUCGAAGAAGAGGCUACCAGCAAGGAGCCCAUUCCAGAUGCACUUCUUCCAAGUGUUUUGGAAUUUAUUCAAGAAUUUCCAGUUUAUCUUCAAACUGUCGUUCAAUGUGCAAGAAAAACUGAAAUCGCACUUUGGCCAUAUUUAUUCUCAAUGGCAGGAAAACCAAAAGAUUUAUUUCAACAAUGCAUAACGCAAAAUCAAUUGGAAAUAGCUGCGAGCUACUUGAUCAUCUUACAGAACCUCGAACCUUCUUCAGUGAGUCGUCAAUAUGCAACAAUGCUUCUUGACACAGCUCUCGAGCAGAAGAAAUGGGAUUUAGCUAAGGAUCUUGUAAGAUUUUUACGUGCAAUUGAUCCCAAUGAUGUUGAAUCACCUCGCACAUCGAUUGUUAUGGGCAGUCGCUUCAGUGUGUCCUCAGUACAGAACACUGCAAUUCCAAGUCCUGAAGAUUUAACUUUAAUUCUUGGAAAUAUCACAAGAGGAAGAACACUUGAAACGAAACCAGAUACACCAACGAAUAAAGACAAAUUUGUCAUAUCGACUGUAAAUCCAACGUUAAGAAACCAACGACGUGUAUCUCAAACUCCAAAAGAGAAAUUAAAGAUUGUUGAAGACUUUUUCAUCGAAGACAUUCUUCAACGACAUGCGAACAAGUUAUUACAGAAUAGAAAACUUGAAGAUCUUGGCUUUAUGGCGGCAAAGCUUGACUUUCAAUUAGUCGGCUGGUUGUCGAAAGAAAAGGAUAAAUCAGCGAAAAUUGAUGAUUUUGUCACGACAUUAAAACAACUUCACGAUCAAUUGGAAUGGCCAAAACCAAGCAUUGAAAACAUCACAAAUACCCAAAUUGAAGCAGGAUCUUCGUCACAAACACCGAUACCAGAUGCAACUGAAUCGGGCUAUAAAAGUUUCUCACAUUCUAACGAGCUUGAUAAUCUUGGCGGAUAUUUGAGUUCGUAUCAAAAGGCAGGAAAUUUCACGUUAGAUGGAAAAUUCAAUCACGAUGUAGAGGCAAAUUUAUUACCGAAAAUUGAUCUGAUGAGUGUUGCAUCUGAACAAGUUUCACUUCUCUGGGACGACGACAAACUUAAUUCUGGUGGACAAAAUUUUAUGAAUUUUGAACUUGACGAAGAUCAAUCUUAUCAUAAUGCAAUUGAAGAACAGAAAAGAAAAGAUGCAAAAUCGAAACAAGCAAUUCAAAAGAUGGAAAUAAAAUUGAGAUAUUUGCUUCAAUUGUUUACAGAGGGUGAUUGCUUGGAAUUCUCAUUACUUCUAAGCAUAAUGCUUCUAGAUAAAGCAUCUGUUCUGAGAAUAACAAAUAAAGCUAUAAGAUCUAAUUCAUUAAUUUUAUGUCGGAAGUUGAGGAAUGGAUUAAAAGAUAUUACGCGAUGGAGUCUUUAUGACCUAGGCUAUCAGUCAUUCAUGCUUUCACUUAAAUCACAAAUAUCUGUUCUCGAUAAUUUUAUCAUACGCGAAGAAUCGAUAUCGCCAGUUCUAGCGAUGAUGAAUAAAGAAAGUGUUGAGCAUACACAAACUGUCAGUUCAGAAUCUUUAAUAAAAGAUAUGACUGAUAUCAUGGAAACAUCUCAGAAAUCACAUGAAAACAAAUUGAACACCAGCGGAAGUUCAACAACCGGAACAAACAACGUACUUGAACGUAAAAAUAGUUCUGAAGAAAAACGAUCUUUAACAAGCAAGUCACAUAGUUUGAACAUAAUGAAAACCAGCAACCUCAGUACCAAUCAACACAUGAAUGAGUUUAGGAAGUCUUCAUCUUCAGAACAUUCACAUAUAAACGAGUUAAAAGAUAUUGAAGAAACGUUAGAAUUUGAGAAUAUUGAUGAAGAUGAUGGGGGACGAGUAAUGUUCUGUAAUGUAACGAGGUUAAAUUAACUAAAACAAUUUUUAAUCGUACUUGUAAAGCAUCGAAAUAAAUAAAUUUAAAGUCUUCUUAAGAUUUCAAAUCUAUCAAUUGGUUACAAAACAAAAAGUUUCUUUCUUUGUUUUACCUCUUAUAAAAUUAAAGUAGUGAACUGUUUUUGAAUCUUUAUAGGAUAUUAUUUAACCAUGAUGAUUUAUUUAAUAAAAUUAUAGAUAAUUACAUAAGAGAGUGCAAUAAUAAUGACGAUUGUUUUAUCAUCUCUUGGUUUUAAAUAUAUAUUUAUUUGUAAACGUGAUGGAAAUUAUACUGUAACUUAUGUUAUUAUUAUCAGUAAAUAAAACGAAGG